GAGUACUUUGGGGCCUUCGGCAUCAACCCUGUGCAACGUGUAAGCAAGGUCGGCAAGCACCCAAUUAUGGCUACUUCAAACGGCUGCUGCUGCGCAAGGGGUCCUGGCUAUGCCUCUCCAAAGGACGCCUUUCUGAAUGGUCCAAGGGAAAAGCUGCUUUACAUUACAUGCAUCGUCCCGGACCGUAGCCGCCCAGAUUAUGUCGCGACGGUUGAUGUCGACCCAACUUCUGAGACGUACAAGCAGGUGAUCUACCGCACCCACAUGCCGCACAUUGGAGACGAGCUACAUCACAGCGGCUGGAACUCCUGCUCCUCCUGCUUCCUGGACCCCACUGCGCCACCGAGGAAGCUGCUGGUGCUGCCCACUCUGGGCUCGGGCCGAGUGUACGGUCUGGACAUCCUGAGCGACCCACGCGCUCCCAAGCUGGCGGCCGUGGCUGACAACUCGGAGAUCCUGGCCAAGACCGGCCUCGCCUACCUGCACACCACCCACUGCGCCCCGGACGGCUUCAUCAUGAUCAGCGCCAUGGGUGACGUGGACGGCAACCCGCGCGGCGCCUUCCUGCAGCUCAACCAGGACCUCACGGUGAAGGGCGUGUGGAGCGUCGACGAGGCCAAGUACGGCUACGACUUCUGGUACCAGCCGCGCCUCAACGUGAUGUUCAGCACCGCCUGGGGUGCGCCCAAGGCCUUCCGCAACGGCUUCAACCCCGCCGAGGUGGCGGAGCACUACGGCAGCACGGUGUAUGUGUGGGACUGGACGGCGCAUACGCUGAAGCAGAAGAUCGAGCUGGGGGAUAAGGGGCUGGUGCCGCUGGAGGUUCGCUUCCUGCACGAGCCCACCUCGCCGCACGCCUUCACGGGCGCAGCGCUGUCCUCCAACAUCAUCCACUUCACCCGCGCCAGCGAGAACGACCCAUGGGUCCACAACGUGGUCAUCGAGCAGCCCUGGGUCAAGGUUGAGGGCUGGGUGCUCCCCGAGCUGCCCCCGCUGGUCAGUGACAUCCUGGUGUCAAUGGACGACCGCUUCCUCUACGUCUCCAACUGGCUGCGCGGAGAUCUCGUGCAGUACGACAUCACGGAC